AGUCAUCCGGUGGGUCUUGACAGAUGGCGGGGCGGCAACAGGAGAGCGAGUGACUGAGAGAGCGUGAGGCCAGGAGCAUUGAGCGGAAUAAAGUGAGGUGCUCGUUACAUUGCAACUCACUGAAGACGUAACUGUGUUGCACUGCCAGACAUGGAACAGAAAAAACAACUGGAAAUGGAAACAUGCAUCAAAGUGAUGGAGGAGUUGAUUGUGGAGUUACAUCUAUUCCUGGAACUUCUUGACCAUGAAUAUCUAACCACAUCUGCCAGAGAGAAAAAGACUGCAGUCUGCAACAUCUUACGGAGGAUCAAGUCAGUGUUUGACUGUCAAAUGAAGAACUCUACACAGAAGCAUGACUUACCUUGCAGUGUGCCUGCACCACCUCAGAUUCCUCUACCUGAGAUCCCUCAUCCAUGGCAUCCAUUAGAAAACAGUCCACCACCUCUGCCAACGUCUUCCUUGCCUGAAGGCUAUUAUGAGGAAGCGGUGCCAUUGAGUCCAGGAAAAGCUCCAGAAUACAUCACUUCUCGAGAUUAUGAUUCGGAUGCCAUGAGUAGCUCCUAUGAAUCAUAUGAUGAAGAUGAUGAGGAUGGGAAGGGAAAGAAACUAAGACACCAGUGGCCAUCUGAGGAGGCUUCAAUGGAUUUGGUGAAAGAUGCUAAGAUCUGUGCUUUUCUUCUGCGCAAGAAACGUUUUGGACAGUGGACAAAACAAUUUUGUGUCAUUAAAGAUAACAGACUAUUGUGCUACAAAAGCUCAAAGGAUCAUCAACCUCAGAUGGAGUUAUUGCUUCCAGCCCACAAUGUGUCCUAUGUUCCUAAAGACAGCAAAAGGAAAAAGCAUGAGCUACGAAUCACCCAGCAAGGAGCGGACAUUGUCGUUUUGGCUGUGCAAAGCAAAGAACAAGCAGAGGAAUGGCUAAAGGUAAUAAAAGAUGUUGUAGUACUUUGCAAUGUAACUACUGAAACAGAUGGAUCCAUGACAAUUUUUCCUGUGAACAAAGCGGAACUAGAAAAGAAAUUAUCUGCCGAUAAGCCAAAUUCAGAUGGUGAAGGGCAUUUGGAAAAUGGUAACCAUGUUGGAAUAGCAGAUAGUAAAGACCAUGGAAAAGGAAAGAAAAAUGCAAAGACUGAGCCAAAAGGGGCUGUGAGCAAGGUCACUGGAAAGAAAAUUACCAGGAUCAUUGGUCUGGGUAAAAAGAAGCCGUCCACGGAUGAACAGACCUCCUCUGCUGAGGAAGACAUCCCUACCUGUGGCUAUCUGAAUGUGUUAUCUAACAAUCGAUGGAGGGAACGCUGGUGCAGAGUGAGAGAAAACAAACUAAUCCUCCACAAAGAUAGAACUGACCUGAAACUUCAAAUGGCUUCUAUUCCACUACGCGGAUGUGAACUCAUUCCAGGCCUGGAUUCCAAACAUCCACUGGCAUUCCGUUUGCUUAAGAAUGGACAAGAAGUUGCAGUUUUAGAGACCUCUUCAGGAGAGGAGCUGGGAAGGUGGCUCGGUGUUUUAUUAUCUGAAACUGGUUCUUCCACAGACCCAGCAGCCCUACACUAUGAUUAUAUUGAUGUGGAAACAACAUCAAGUGUUAUACAGACUGCAAAACAGUGCUUCAACUUAUUACACAGACGGUCGAUAUCUCCAAAUAGAUAUGGUGGCAACAUGCCAAAUGGAUAUUCAUGUCCACGUGGAAUUUCUCUUCAUUAUGAUGAUGUACCUUGCCUAAACGGAACAGAGCAGGAGGUUUUCACUACUAAUGCUAACACGCUCUGGUAUGAGGAAGCUCAUGGUGACAGCACUGACCUGUAUGACAACGUUCCACCACCAAAACCAAUUGCCCGCAAAUCGCAACAACUUGGGGUCCAGAGUAGGCUUUCUACUGAGAAACUAUCUUCUAAAAAUAACAAAACUCUUGCCUCUUCACCUCUGUCUUCUUCGCGGUCUAUGACUAAUAAAACUAACACCUCUGCUGCAGAAAAGGGGCCAGUCAAAACAGCCUCACAGGCAAAAGGAAAAAAGAUGCCAACAACAGUAAAUGGUAUGACAACAAAGCAAAAGGUCGGAAGCAAUCAAGUGAAAAAAGCAAAUCCUGUCACAAAUGUAAAACGCACAGCCUCAAAUGCUGAUCAAUACAAAUAUGGUAAGAACCGUGUGGAAGCUGAUGCAAAAAGAUUACAGACAAAGGAAGAAGAGAUGAAAAAGCAGAAAGAAAUCCUACGCACCCGGUUGGCACAACUGAGAAAAGAUAGAAGGGAGCUGAAAACAGCUAUUGAAACAUGUACAGGUAAGAAGUCUCAGGCUGCUCUAGAGACCAAGCUAAAGAAAUUAGAGGAGGAAUGCAAGGUCAAAGAGACUGAACGUGUGAACCUGGAAUUGGAGCUGACAGAGGUGAAUGAAAGCUUGAAGAAAGCUCUUGCUGGAGGCCCCACACUGGGCCUGACAAUAGAACCAAAGUCAUCAAGAACCUCAAGCCCACAGUCCCCUGUGUUCAUGCAUCGUACCCUGGACAAUUCUCCCGCUUCCAGCUGUGAUACAAGUGACACUGAGCCACUGUCACUGCCUGUGAAUGCAGCUGCUCUCGGAAGAAGACCCCCUUCCAUGGUUUCCUCCCCAAGUCGAGGCCAUGUACGCAGGAAGGCCAAGGAAUGGGAACUGAAGACUGGAACAUAAAACAAGAAAAAAAAGUGUUCCCUUUUAUAAUAUUUAUUUCCUUAAACAAUAUGUACAAGACCAGAAGCACUGUUACUGAGUCUUUCAGUUCAAAGAAAUACAGUCUGCAUGGUCCUCUCCUAAACUAUGGAAAGACAGCAGUUGUUCCAUGUUGAAGUGUAACUUUAUGUCUUGGGUCAAAGUUGAAAUGUUUAAACUUUAUUCCACUUCGCCUUCGCUGGGGAUUGUCUAAUUGUGUUACAGCAUUGGACAGUUGUUCAAUAAUGCUAAGUUAUUUUAAUAGAUAAAUGUCUCAAUUUAAAAAGAAGUCUGCACAAGGAACAAUUUGAGUAUCCCUAAAACAAAUAGAAAAAGAUAUAUUUAUUACAACAGAGGCAUUUUAAAUUUUCUUUUUACUUUUGUUUUUUAAAGUCAUAAUUUAUGUUGUAUAUGGUGCUCCCUUAAAGGAUGAAGCCACAUAAAAUACCAAUAGCCUCCGUAAGUUCUGCAGUAUCCACUCAGUUUUGAAAAUUGUCACCUAUUCUAAUUAUUCUUCACCCUUUUUAGAUGAGAUGCUCAAGUGUUUUCCAGGAACAAUGUACAAUUUGCUAUAACACAGUGGAUUUGGUGAUUUUUAUUGGACUCAAAACCCAUUCACUUAGAGUCCAAAUUAGACGCAUUGAUUAAUUGAAAAUGAAAUCACUCUUGAAUUUUCCAUGUAAGAUUGAUUUUAGUUCUUAAAAAUAUUUUUUCAGUCAUAGAUUCAAGAUGUUGUACUUGUUAUUUAGCGUG